AUGCAGAUUUGUCUCUCAAACUCUGGACUCACAUUGACUCUCAUGAGUAUUGAGCGGUACAUAGCAGUCACCCAUCCACUCAAAUAUUCAAGACUUGUAACGACAAGAAGAACACUCCUGGUUAUCGCAAUAGGAUGGGUUCUCACAGUAUUGGUCUACGUUGUUGGUGUCCAGAAGCACAUCUAUUCCGGGUUUGUAUACACAUGCGUUCCACUACUGAAUGAUGGAUCUGUACGAGUUUAUAUAGUUUUCUUUGUUGGAGUUUUGCCCAGUCUUAUUGUUAUUGUCAUAACCUCAGUGAUUGUCAGAAAGAAAUUGGAGAAGAACGCCAAACGGUUUGCCAACCCUUCACAAUCCUCCUCGAGUCAAGACACCCAUUCAUCUCCCGGAACAUCCCCAAGGACCAUCAAACUGUUCCGAAUGGUAAGGGUUAUGGCAGUUGCUGUUGUAGUUUGCUGGUUUCCGUUUUUGUGCUUACUUCUUAUAAACAUCUCCUUCGGUUUAUAUGUGCCCCAAGUGAUCUACUUUCUAACCUUCUGGAUGCUAGUUUCCAACGGUUAUGUCAACUCUUUCAUCUAUUUUGUGAUGAACAAAACAUUUCACAGCCGCGUCGAAGAGAUUUGGGAGCAACUUACUCCUUCGUGCUGUCGUCGAUUGAACGAGUUGGAAAAAAACUUAGACUGCACUUCCUGUAUCUGCAGCAAAAGCAUCAACGUGGAACUGAAUACGACUGGGGACAAUACCAAUAAGACACAAGACACGACGUGUGUAAACUCUGUCGAACUUGUGAAAAUAAAAGUACAGGGUGUCGACAACGAGGGAUUUGGAAAGUGAACUUUGUGCCAACCGGACAACAACGGUAUCGACACUUGGUAUCAAACUUGUAAAGACCGCUCCCAAUGGUGGUUCUAUGAGAAAAGACUAUCUGUGUUUUGAUUGGUCCGAGGUGACUUUUGGCAACUGCACUUUUUGGUCGUCUGCAUGUGAAUGUAGGUAAAGGUGAAGUUGGACGGGGAUUGACCUAGGCUUGAGGCCACUCUCUGGCGUAACUUACGAGCAUCGGGAGUGUAAUAACGUCAGAUGUUCAGGCUACUGUAAUUAUCACGUUUGUUGUAAAUCGAACGUGUAAAAAACUCCAAGACCACACCCGUGUCCUAGCGAACUCAAAUCAACUUAAAGCCAUUGGACCCUUUCGGUAAACAGUAGUGUCCAAGGCCCACACCUCGUGUAUCACA